CCCGCACCCACGGCAGCGAUCCCAGUCUCUAGGGGAGGGAGCGAAGUUCUCUCCUACCCCGUUCCAGCUCCUCCGAGGGCAGCUCCAGCCUCUCCGACCUCUGUCAUUUGGUUGCUGUGGGUCUCCGACGAUUUCUGUUAUUAGGAUUUUUUUUUUGGUUAGAAAGCAGUUGCUCUUUUUGGUUGUAAUUUGGAGGGGAGAGAGUCCCAGGUGAGCACAUGCCGCCCUGUUGCUGACAUCCAGGUUGGAUUUUCACACUCCAUGCCAACCUGGGGGUGAUUGGCUCCCAAAGGCCCCUUGUGCCCUCUCUUAGCCAGCCACCACAAGGGCAGUCACUGUCCUGAUUUCUAAUAGCAGAGCUUAAUUUCUUCUGUUCCCUUUCUAAUUUCCUGUAAUUGGAAUAACAAAUUUGUCCUCUUUUAUGUCUUUCACUCAACAUAAUGUUUGUGAGAUUCAUCUAUACAGCCACGUGUGACACAAAUGACAUUUUGGUCACCAAUGGACCGCAUAGACCAUGGUGGUCCUGUCGGAUCAGCACCACACAGCCUAGGUGUGCAGUAGGCUGUACCGUCUGGGCUUGGGUAAAAUGAUGUUCGCAUAACAACGAGAUCGCCUAACGUGUUUCUCAGAACGUGUCCCUGUCGUUAAGUGACACCUGAGUGUAUGGGUGAGCUCAUUCUCAUUGUUAUGUUGCCUGGGAUUCAUUGCUCUAUACGUUAGUCAAUAUUUCUAUUGACAUUUAUUUAUACUGAUAUGGUGAUUAAUAUACAGUUGACUUAUCCAUCUCCUGUUAAUGGGCGUUUGGAUGGUUUCAGGUUUGGGGUGAGUAUAAACACCUGGACGUCUUGAAUGUAUUCGUCAGGGUGGAAUUGAUGAGUUGCCUUCGAGACACAGUUUCCCCAAGCAGUCUGGAUGCAUCCGUCUUUUUAAUUUUAGCCACUCUUGUGGAUCUGGGCAAUAUUUCUCAUGGCUGGAUAGCAUACGGCUGUGUGCAUGUUUGACUGAUUAAUUUAAGCCACCUCCUGUUGAGAAGCGUUCGGGUGGUUUUUGUUUUUGACCCUUCUAAGCCAUACAGUGAUGAACAUCCUCCAACACUCUUCCUGGUGCGCUUGUAAAUGAUGCCCGAGCGAUCACCUUUUUGGUUAUUCCCAGUUGUUUUGUUUUUAUGUACAAAGUAACACUGGAAUAAAUUUCCUCGUACAAUCAUCUUUGUGAAUUUAAAAGUUUUUGUUUUGAGAUUUUAGAGUUUUUUUGCUUUUAACAUCUCUUCUCAUGUUCGUCUUGAGGACAGAGCCAGCCCUGGGCAGUGUUGCUGCACAUUGCAUGGGAUGAAGGGCUGAAAGCUGCUUCCUCUUGCAAGCUGGCUUCUGAGAUUGCACCUUCUUCUCCUGCACCUCCUCCAACUCUAUGACCCUCCAAGGCACUGCUGACCUGCCUAGGAACCGAGACAAUGCAGCAAGCAACACAGUUACAGUUGUCACCCAAUGGGCAGAGCUGUUACCAGCUCCAGCUCGUCCCAGUCUCCAAGACAAAGCAGGGACAUCAUAUCCACAGCCCCAGCAGGAGCUGCCUUUGUCCAGGGAGACUCUUCUGCCACAGCUGGACAAGGACAAGACGGCGCCUCACCGUAUGCCACGCCUCCGGGCUGUGGUUGAGAGCCAGGCCUUCAAGAAUGUCCUGGUGGAUGAGAUGGACAUGAUGCUGUCCCGCGCAGCCACCCUCAUCCAAGCCAACUGGAGAGGCUACCGGCUCCGGCAGAAGCUGAUCUCCCAGAUGACGGCAGCGAAGGCCAUCCAGGAGGCCUGGCGACGCUUCAGCACCAGGCGCCUACUCCGGUCCGGCAAGAUGGUGGAGAAAAAAGUUAACCUGGAGGAAGGGGACAUCCCUUACCACCCCCCACAGCAGGUGCGCUUCCAGCCCCUGGAGGAGGCCAAGUCCCUCCCGGCCCAGCCCGUUAUGGUGAGCAGGGAGACUCAGUUCCCUUCCUCCGACAGCCUGGCUGCCUGCGCCCACCAGCUGGCCCUGCUGCAGUCCCAGGGCACUCCACAGCCUGACGUGCAGGCUCCUGGUGUUACGGGUGGCCCAGGGAUCACCUUCCUGCCACAGCAAACCAUCACCAUCAGGCUUCCAUGUCCAGUGAGUCCAGAUGCAAAGAGCCAGCCAUGCUUGAUGACAAGAACCGUCAGAAGCACCUGCCUCGUCCACCACGUAGAAGGGGACAUGAUGAAGACCAAGCAAGUAAUUUCCAGAGCUAAUAAGGCAGGAGCCUCGGGGCCACCGUUCGGAAAGCGUGCCCAGGCAGCUCAUGGGCCUCUCAAGACCCAGCCUCAGGCCCCCGCAGAAGCAGAGGUCCUCAGAGCCCCAGCGCAGAGAGGCCCAGUGCCUGUGAUGACCAAGACCCCACCCCAGCCGUGUCCAGCAGCUACGAAGACCCUACUGCAGAUGUACCCAGCAGCCAUGAUGACCAAGACCUCACCCCAGCCAUGCCCAGUACCCACGGUAACAAUAACCAAGACCCCAACUCAGGUGUAUCCAGUGGCCCCAAUGACCAAGACCCCACCCCAGACAUAUCCACGAGGCGUGAUGACCAAGAUCCCACCCCAGCCUGGUCCGGCUACUCCGAUGACCAAGACUCCAGCCCAGAUGCAACCAACAGCCUCAAUGACCAACACUUCACCCCAGACACGACCGGUCGCUAUGAUGACCAAGACCCCGCCCCAGACGUGCCCCAUGGCCUCAAUGAUCAAGCCCCCAACCCAGACACGACCAGCAGCCAUGAUAACCAAGACCCCGCCCCAGAUGUACCCCAUGGACACAAUGACCAAGACCCCACUGCAGACGUGUCCAGCGGUGGCCAAGACUCCAUCUCAGAUGCUCUCGGGAGCCGCAGUGACCAAGACACCUCCCCAGACGCGCCUGACAGCCAUGAUAACCAAGACCCCAGCCCAGUUACGCUCGGUGGCCGCCAUCCUCAAGACCUUGUGUCUGCCCCCUCCGGCAGCUCCGCCUCCAGCAGGAGUGGCAGCUGCCAUUCCCAACACCUCAUCCCACGCAUCUCUGGAUGGAGCAAAGGCCAGGGCUGUGGCAAACACACGGCAGGCGGCGGGCAUGGUCAAGGUCUCGUCCCACUCGUACUUGACUGAGGGAAAGGUGAAAUGCUUCCCCCCACCUGCCCUGGGGGCUGUGGCUCCCAAGGCUCCAGCCAGGCCUCCUCUGGAAGCCGAGAAGAUUAAGGCCUUCCCCCAGAAACAGGGGAAAACGGAAACAGCACGUAACACAAGUGCGGCCGCGGAAAUGCCCAGGGCUCCCUCCUGGGCCAAGGUGGCCGAGGAUGGGAGCAAGGCACACCUGAGGAUGGACAUCAGGAAGGUCCAGUCCCAGGUGUAUGUGCCUGUAGAAAUGGCCGUGGCCCUGCCGCAGGCACAGGUGGCCACACGUGUGAGCACAGCCUCGUGCCAGACGUACCCGCCUGCCAAGCUGACCAAGGCCCAGUCUCUGGCGCACCUGGACACCUGUCUGACCAAGGUGCAGGCCCAGGCGCGUCCGGCCAACGGGGCCGUCAAGGUCCAGUCCCAAGUGCAUCUGCCCGCGGGGCUGAGCACGGCCCCGUCGCAGGCCCAGAUGGUCUCGGAAACGGCCAAAUGCUUCUACGCGGCCCACCAGCCUGCUGAGCUCAGCAGCAAGACGCAAUCGCAGCCACUCCUAGCGGGGUUCAAGGCCUCCACCCAGCCCUGCCAGCAUGUCGGCACCCUUGGCAUUCUGCCCAGAGCCAAGCUAGAGGACAGACUGACCCAGCUCCAGCCCCACAGCUGCGCCCAGGGCAAGGCCACCCAGGGCCCACGCCAGGGGGCUUUCGAGACCCAGAGCUUGCCAGUGCCUCUGCUGGCAUCUGCCGGACACUCCACGUGCAACGUUGAAUCCUGGGGUGACAGCGUGGCCGCCCGGGCCCAGCCAUCACUGGCCAGCCCGGCCAUACCCUGCCAGGAGGAGCUAGCAGCCUCCCAGCUUGCCUCUCUGUGCGCUGAGCUGGCCGCCCUGCUGGGCUCCCAGGAAGACAUCCGUGCCCUGCUGGCCCGAGCGCUCUCCCAGGGGGAAGCGAGGGCAGCCCUGAAUCAGGCCCUGUCCAGCGAUGUCCUGGGCUCCACGGUGGCCAAGGCCCUGUCCCCAGGCAUGCUGGGCACGGCGCUGGUGAAGGUGCUGUCCUGGAGCAAGCUGGACAUCGCCCUGUCCCACACCAUGUCCUGGGGUGAACUGCAGGCAAAACUCACUAAGGCCACGCAGGGCAAACUGGUGGAUGCGCUCAGCAAGGCCCUGACGGAGGAGGAGCAUGCCGCCCUGAGCCAGGCCCUGUGCCAGGGCGAGCUGGGUGCCAUCCUGAGCCAGCCUUUGUCUCAGGCGGCCCUGAGGACUGGAGCCGGCCUCCCCAAGGCGGCCACAAAAAUGAUGAGAAGCGGGAUGACUGUGAUGCCCUCCCCGAUGGAGGUGGACCGGAGGGAGAGCCCAGUGGCCACAUGCGGGCCCAUCCUCAGCCCUGGGAGACCACAGCCCAGCAAGGUCAGGGUUCUCUCGGCCGGGGUCUGGGAGGGCUUUGUCACAGGCUGGCCCACCAGGCUCUUGGAGGGGAUGGGGGAUGGGGCCGGGAUCAUGGGGUCACCCUGCUCAUCGGUGGUCUCUGUGGGAGCCUCCCUCACCAGGAGGGUGAUCACCACCAUUUAUCAGCAUCCCCUGGCCGCUGCCCUGGACCCCACUCUGUCACAGGAGAUGGGGCCCAGCAGGGACUCCUCUUUACAGCUAUAUCUGAACCUGGAGGUCAGUGAGGAAAAUGUGUGCCCUCACCCAGUGGUCCGUGAAUUGGCAUCAGAUCUCAACCCAGUGGCGAAUGACACGGGCCCCAAUUUGCCUAGGUCACCCCACCUGCAGCCUCCCCCUAGUGUGUGGCAGCCGCUCAUUGCCAAUGGCGUGGGCCCAAGCACCAGCCAGCCAUCAGUGGCCAGUGGCACGGCCCUGAGCUCCCACAAUCCACACGUGGUCAGCAGGGUGGCCUCACGCCCGUGGGCGUCGUCGGGGCAGGGCAGGGUGGCCCCGGGCCAGUUUCUCAGCACUGUGGGUAAUGGGAGGGCCAACCAGUCUCACCAGUGUGCCACUGCCCAUGGGGGUUCUGCUUGUUGGUGUCAGUCCUCUGGGGUCGGCAGGGUGCCCCCCAGUGUGUAUCGACCCUCAAUGGCCAAAGGUCCACAACAGCCAUCCAUGGUCCCUGAGGAGGAUAUGCAGAGGACUCAGUCCCCAAAUCAUAAACGGGCCUCCCUGGGCACUAGGGAUGUGAUCAACAAGGUGACCUCAAGUCCACAGAGGGCUGCCACGGUGAGCAAAGUGUCCUCAACCCAACCACGGACCCACAAGGCCUGUGACGUAAUCCCACUUCUCCUGCCUGGUUCCGUGGCUCCUGCUCGCCGCCAGGCACCCAAGACUCAGGCAGAUGCCAGUCCAUCCCAAGCCUCCCCAGGCAGUCCGUUGGCCUCCCACCUUCUCCAUAUGGCCACCUCUGGGCAGGAGAGGAAUCGAAUGCAGGCUACCGUUUCCAGCAUGCACUGCCCACAGGGGCUGCUGAUGGGCCCCACACUCAGGAAACUGGUGGCCAGUUUGCCACAGGGUUCAGACGAUGACUUGGCCAGAAGCUUCUCCCAAGGCUCCACGGACUACAGCCCAAACAUGAGUGACUCCCAGAGCUCAUUGUGCACCUGCAGCUUGCACAGCAUGUCCGCCAGCUCCGUGGCCAGCCUGACCUCUGUCCACCUGGUGGAAGAGGAGUCCUGGGAGGCCAGCUCGCACAAGGACCUCCUUCUAGAUGGUUCCCUCUCUGGGGAGGCCAUGGAAAGGCCCCUGGAGCUUGAGGAUGUGGAAGAGACCGAGAUAGUGGGCCAUAGGCACAUGAUCCCAAACCUCCACCAACAGUCCCCCGCAGCCUCAGAGCCGACCCCCACUCUGUACCACAGCUCAGUGUCCAGUCACAUGACCUUGGGUGUCCACUGGGGCUCAGAUGGUCAAGAUGACAGGGAUAUGUCCUUAGGCCAAAGCUCCAUGGGUCCGAAAGAGAGCUUGUCCCAGAAACCCGACAGGACAGGGCUGACAAGAAGUCUGUCUUCAGGUAAUGUGGUCCCUACCAUUUAUCAGCAGCCAUCUGUGGCCAGGAGGUUGACUCCAAGCCUAUUGCAGCCAUCAGUAGCAAGUAAGGUGGCCCCAACCCCAGGCCAGCCUUCUCUGGCCAGUGGGGUCACCCUCAGCCUAUCCAAUUCAUCUAAGGCCAAUGGGGUGGCCCCCACCCUAGGCCGGACAUCUAUAACCAGUAGGGCGGCCCCCAGCCUAGGCCAGCCAUCUCGAACUAGUGGAGUGGCCCCCACACUAGGCCGGACAUCUAUGAUCAGUGGGGUGGCCCCCAGACUAGCCCAGCCAUCAGUGACCAGUGGGGUGGCCCCCAGCCUAGGCCGGACAUCGAUGACCAGUGGGGUGGUCCCCAGACUAGCCCAGCCAUCGAUGACCAGUAGCAUGGCCCCCAGCCUAGGCCGGACAUCUAUGACCAGUGGGGUGGCCCCCAGCCAACCCCAGCCAUCAGUGACCAGUGGGUUGGCCCCCAGACUAGCCCAGCCAUCAGUGACCAGUGAGCCAUCAGUGACCAGUGGGGUGGCCCCCAGACUAGCCCAGCUAUCGAUGACCUGUGGGGCGGCCCCUAGCCUAGCCCAGCCAUUGAUGACCAGUGGGGUGGCCCCCAGCCUCGCCCAGCCAUCAGUGACCAGUGGGGUGGCCCCCAGACUAGGCCAGCCAUCAGUGACCACUUUAUUGGCCUUCAGAAGACCCCAGCCCCCUGUGAUCAGUGGUAAGGGUGGUGCACUCAGCCAGCCAAGCUGGGCCCCUGGGGUGAGUUCAAAUGCACUGUCAUCAAGGGUGAACGCAGUGGCCCCUAGUCCGUGUCACUCAUCAUUUGUGAGUGAAGUCACCUCAAGUGCACCGUAUCCGUGUGUGACUAGCAGCAUGGGCCAGGCUCUGAGCCAGCCCUUUGUGGCCCCUGGGCUGGGCCCAUGUCAAGAUCCUCUGACGGCAAGGGGGGAAGCCCCACACCUCUGGGCCCCUGAGUUCUGCGAGGUGUCCCUGGGUUUCUGUCAGCCCCUUAGUGUCGGUGGGAGGUGCCCAACUGUAACUGAGCAUCCCUCUGCCGCUCCUUCUGCCCCAGUUCUCCACCAGGCAUGCAUGGCCCGCGGAGAGGACUCAGAUUCGGGCCAGGCAAGCAGUGUGUGUCAGGGCAUUGUGUUCAGGGACAUGGCUGCAUGCAUACCCCAGGGCGCUGUGGCUGCUGGCAUGUUCCCCAGGAUGGCUCCAGGGACCUUGGCUGCUGGCAUGUUCCUAAGUGUGUCUCAGGGACCUAUGUGUCCUGGCAUGACAGGGAGCAUGUGCCAGAGAAGGGUGAUGACUGGAAUGAGCCCAGACCAAUCUCAGGUGGUCAGUGGCACGGCUCCCAUGGCAGCCCCGGCCGCUGUGGCAGAUGCCCCUUUGGGUCAUGAACAAGCCUCAGAGGUGGGCCCUGGCUGCUCCCUGGCUUCAUUGCUCUGUGGACUGGCUAUGAGUCCAUCCAAGUCCCUGGCCAGCAGGGGCCCCGGCACGUCUCAGGGCCAUGUCGAUCUUCCAACAUCUUUGGACCACCAGUGUCCUCCUGUGCCCACAGUCGCUGCAUCUGGUUACCAACAAGUAUAUGAUUUCAGCUGGGAGCCUGGGAUGGGCAUAGCCAGUGGGCUGGCGCCAUGUUCUGUAGCCAGUAGGAUGACCACAGCUGUGACCCUAGGAACGGUGGUCAGUGGUGUGGCCCCCAGCCUUCUACCAGGUUAUACGGUCAAUGGUGUGGUUCAGCCCCUUCCUCCAGGGGCCAUGGUCAGUGGCAUGAUCAGGACCCUGCCUCUGGGUUCUGUGGCGAGUGGGGUGUCCCCUAGUCUGAGUGUAGCACCUGAGGCUGGUGGGAAGAGGCGAGAUCUCCCUGGAGGACCCUCUGCCAGUCUGACUGCUCUCAGCCUGCCCCAAGGCUCUGAGGCAAGUGCCCCUCCGGGUUCUGUGGCCUCUAGUGCAGUCCCAGCAUCCAUGGUGGGGGGGCUGAAUCAGGGCCUGGCUCUGGGGCCCAUGGCUAGUGCAGCUUGUCUGCCCUCCGCGGCUGGAAGCAUGGCCCCGAGCCUUCUGCAGGGCUCCAUGCUCGUGGAGACCACCCCCCAGCUGUACCAGGAAGCCCUGGCUGGGGAGGGCUCUACAGUCCCCUUCCAGGCAUCCCACGCCACUAGCCUGGCUCAAGUUCAUCCCCAGGCCUCGGAAGCUGGUGGCCCAGCCAGGGGAGUGCACCAGGUGCCCACGGUUCUGCAAAGAGCCUCACAGUUGCACCAGGCUCUUGGGGUGGCACCUUCUGAGACCACAGAUGGCCAGGCCAUGAUGAAGCCACAGGACCUGUACGAGGCUGUGUCCCAGGUGUCCAUGUCCAGUGAGCAGUCCGUGGUCCUUGAGGACACCCCAUGGAUGGGCGAUAGUCCCUUGGCAACUGAAAUUGACCAUAGUCGUGAAUUUCUUGUAGAAGACGGGACUCUUCCCAAUGGCCAAAGGCCCCUGUUGGAGGAGGUGGUCCCCAGCCAAGCCAAGUCUAUGACCAGUGGUAUGGCCCCUGUCCCUCCCCAACCCUCAAGUUUUGCCAAGCACUCCAUAGGUGGCAGUGUCACCCCAAUUCUGCAGCAGCCAAUCAGCUGGGGGGCCCCCAGUUCCCACUUUGUGGCUGCUAGCAGGGUCCCUAGUGUGCAGAUGGGAUCUGUCAAGGGCACCGGGGCCCCCUUGGCUCAUCAGCAGUCGUCAGUGGCUCACAUUAUACCCCAGAGCCACUCCUAUGGGAUUCAGGCUUCUCCCACAGUCUCAGGGUCACCCAAGCCGGCCUGUGGCAGUACUGUGGCAUCUAGUUUGCACCUGGGGACUGUGGCCGGGAUGGGGACCCCAAGCACUUCCAGGUCAGGUGCCUUCAGCGUGGCCUCAGCUGUGCCGCCAUACCCAUCCAUGGCUAGCAGGGCGGCGUCUGGGGGGCUCCAGAUGGAAGCUGUCCCCAGUGCACCCCGGAAGCCAGUGUCUGGGGAUGUGGCUCAGAACAGUCACCACGGCUUCCUUAGCUCGAGAAAAUCCUACAGGUCUGUGCACGGGAAGCUCGUUUCUGAAAUGCCAGAUGAUUCCUUGGCCAAGAUUGUGCAGGAGCAGGCCUUCAGGAGUGCCCAGGAAGGUCCUAAGUAUUCCACGGGGCCCCCACUGGCCCCACCGCCCAUCAUCCGCACCGGCCAGGUGGCCCACAACGCAGCCGCUCCUCGGCUGCACCUGGGGCGUCGGAGGGUGUCUCUGGGCUACGAGUCUUCCCCUAGCGGCUCUCGGCGGCCCCUUUGUAGCCAUGAGUCACUUCUAGGGUCUCAGGAUUUCCAUAGCGCUGUGGCCCCUGUAGACAGUCACAGGGCAUCCCUGACUCCUGCUGUCCUCCAGGGCCCCACGGAGGCUGGCGUGGCUGGUGGCCAGGCGUGGAACUCUGCUGUCCCCAGUGUAGCAGCUGGGCCCAUGAACAGUGCUGCAGCCCCCGGCGGUGUGUGGGAGCCGGCCAGGGCCACCGUGCCAUGGGACGCUGUGGGAAGCCAGGUGGUGGCGGAUCCCAGACAGUCGGGGGAGCUGGUGGUGUCGGUGCAGGACAUGGAGAAGAUAAUCAGCCAGGCCGUGGUCACGAUCCAGGCGUGUGCACGCGGCUACCUGGUGCGCCGUACCAUCAGGGUGUGGCACCAGUGGGCCAUCGUCAUCCAAGCUGCCUGGCGCGGCUACCGUGUGCGGCAGGAGCUGGCCCGGCUCUCCAGAGCAGCCAUCGUCAUCCAGGCCACGUGGCGGGGCUUCUGCACCCGCCGGGGCCGCGCCCAGCAAACACUGCAGCCGGGCACGUGGGCCGAAAUGGGUGGUGGGACCAGGACGACGUCUGACCACCGCUGCUUCCAGUCCUGCCAGCCACACGUCUGUGCCCUUUGCCAGUCGCUGAGUCCUGGACUGGGGAGCCCGCCCAGCGUGGUGAUGCUUGUGGGCUCCAGCCCCCGCACCUGUCACAUGUGCGGCCAAAGCUUGCCCACGCGGGUGGUGCACGGCACCGGCCAGGGCUCUUGGAGCCAGGCGGGCACGCCCUGGGACUGUGCCUCGCAGCCCGUCACCCCGAGCCUCCAGCAGUCCCACCUCCAGAACAAGGCGGCCACGACCAUCCAGUCAAGCUGGAGGGGCUUCCUCGUCCGCCGCAGGCUGAGACAGCAGCAGGGAGCAGCCAAGAUGCUUCAAGCCACCUGGCGCGGCCACUCUGCCCGGUCUUCCCUCACCACGGAUGCACUCCUGGGGCCAGCGGCCUGGGACAACCCGCAGCACACUCAGUGGCCAGGCGUCUAGGACCUUGGCUGCCCGACGGGGGGACCCCCGGGAGGGGCCG